CCAUCACGGUUGGUAUUUUUCAUCCUGCUUCUGAUUCUAUGGUUGACUGGGGGAGUACGAGUGUUGACCGAGGGUGUGCUCGAGUGACUCCCAGUCUGUGUGAGUUUUGGGUCCAUGCUGUCAGGCUUGUUGCGACCGCAGCGUGAGUGUUAAAAUAAAGGAUAAACAGAGAGAUACGGAGAAAGGAGAGAAAAGAGAUAGGAGGCGGCUAGAAAAAGACGGGCCAAGAGGGCAGAAGAAGGCACCACGGCAGACGGGAGACAGUCGGAGACGGGAAGAAAAAGAAACACCAGUGGGAGUAGAAAAAGAUAGCCAAGAAACGCAUUAAUAUUGGAAAGGAUUGUCGACCGGUGCUGUCAUGGCAGACGCAGCAGAUUUGGACUUCCAGACAGGUGAUGCAGGGGCAUCUGCCACCUACCCCAUGCAGUGCUCUGCCCUGCGCAAGAACGGAUACGUCAUCCUGAAGGGCCGGCCCUGCAAGAUCAUGGAAAUGUCCACCUCUAAGACCGGCAAGCAUGGUCAUGCUAAGGUCCACAUGGUUGGAAUAGACAUCUUUAGUGGGAAGAAGUAUGAGGAUAUCUGUCCCUCCACUCACAACAUGGAUGUCCCCAAUAUCAAACGGGUGGACUACCAGCUGAUAAACAUCCAGGACGGGUACCUGUCCCUGCUCCAGGACAGCGGGGAGGUGAGGGAGGACCUAAAGAUACCCGAGGGAGAUCUGGGCAAGGAGAUCAACAGCAGGUUUGAGGAUGGAGAGGACAUGAUGAUCACUGUUCUGUCUGCAAUGAACGAGGAGUGUGCGGUGGCCAUCAAAGCUGGUUCUAAGUAAAACGCUACAGGUAAACGGUUUAUCGGUCACCUCUUGCCGUCGACAGCCAUAACAUGCACGUUGGUAGCCGCUGCAGAAUGUCAGUCACUGUGGAUCAGACCUGGGUCGAAUACGUAUUUGUUUUGGAUUCAGAUAAUUUUCUACGCUUUACUGAUCUUGUCUGGUGUAUUGGAACCAAUGAAAUACUCUCAAAAAGUGCAGCCCACCUUCUAGUCAUAUUGACAGGCUCAAUUACACCAGGAAAGAUCAAUAGAGCACAGAAAAGUAUUUGAAUCCAAAACAAAUACGUAUUUGACCCAGGUCUGCUGUGGAUGUGUAUUGGUUGUGGGUUAUGCCAGAUUCUAUUUAUGAGUAGUCAGUGUUAGUACUGGGUGAUAGUUUGUAGCCUGAAGUGAUCAUUUUUUAAAAUGGAUUUGUUCUCAGUGUGGUUUAGUUUCUCUAAUUUUACACCAAAAUAGUUUAUGCCACUUUAUGAAUACCAUCCCUGCUACUGGGUUAGAGCUCUGAGAAGGUUUAGAUAUGGGGGAAUUAUUCUCAAAAUAAAUAAAUGUAACUGAUCCACAAAUAAAUGUAGGUGAUCCACAAAUAAAUGUAGUGGAUGCACAAAUAAAUGUUGCUGAUCCACAAAUAAAUACUUCUGAUCCACAAAUGUAGACGAUCCACAAAUAAAUGCAGUUGAGUUCACAUUUGUGCAUCGCCUAUUGCUCACAUUAAUUUAUUUAUUUAUUUUUAAUCUCUCAAAAAUAAUUUGCAUUCUAAUGCAUUCUAAUAAAGCAUGUAUAGCCUAAGUGUAGCGCUAUUGGCCUAUAUAUUGCUAUUGCAUCUUUUAAUGUUGGUCGCCAUAUUUUAUCCUUGUUGUCCUUAUUCUUCUUGACUGCAGCGCACACAAGUGAUACAAAACUAUAGGCUUAUGUGGCAUUCACAUAAAAUGAGCCAAAAUCUUUACAAUAUCAUUGAAUUUGCUUAACGGAAAAGGCCUGUUGAAGACCAGGAAGACUGAAAACGGCUUGCCACGGCCUGUAGCCUAAGUCUUCAUCUUUAUCUGUCCAAAAAUGAUUGUAUGAUUGUACCAGACUUGUGUUGUCGCUGUUUGCAGUAGCGAGGUGCUCUGGCACAACCGCCUGUUCCCCUGACCCACCUCCUGACCAGGAGAACAGCCUGGCCUGUCCUGCUGGUCUGUGUGAAGUAAAGCAGGAGAAAGUGCAGAUGUCCCACCCCUAGUUUAGACAUCCUUCCUGAGAAAGCAGUGUGCACGGAAAACAUGAUCGUUGUCAUGGUGACAAUGGCCAGGUGCUGACCAGCAAAGAGUGCCAUUUGCACGGCUGCAGAUACAGAGGUUUAGAUUUAUCUAAACCUCUGACGGGAGGGGCAUUGUAGAUGAAUUUUCAUUCUGAAAGACAAAAUCACACUACAGUGCUGAUGGUGAUGUCAUGGAAAGUGUGUAAGUGUUGUGGGGAAGUGAGAUCACACAAAUGGGUAAGAAGGGACAAUUUUUCCACUCCACUGUGAUAACAUUCUGUCUACAUAGAAUUACUUCACAGCACUGCCCCCGCUGGUCAUACUGUGCACUGCAUCACUGUUGCACUCAUUGUAAGUCGGUUUGGAUAAGAAAAUCAGAUAAAUGCCUAAAAUGUAAAUGUUGCAGUUCAGUGCAUUUGUGUUGCAAGUGGCCCAAACACUUUCUACGUCCUGUUUAUAGACCGGUUUGCACACAAGCAGUAUGUGGAUAGACAUAUUCUUAAAGUCCAUGUGGCUAUUAUCACACUUACAGUAAAAUGUCAUCGUUGCCUUUUAUUUGUUAUUUUUACCAUUCGUGGUAAAUUAUCAAUUUAGGACAUCUUAGUACUGACAAACAAAACUAUACUGAAACAAAUCAAUGAAGAAAAAAAUAGUCAGUUUUGACUUGAUUGUAUUUAUUUCACAGCUCUAAUUUGUUUUGUGAAAACCCAGAUACUGACAUUGAACAUAAUUGUAUGUUUUGAUACAUAUUAUUACAUCGGUUUUUGGUCAUUUCUCAGUGGUUAGAACAUUAGGCCAGGGUAUUUGGACCCCAGGUCACUAGUUAAGUCAUGCUAGUGUACAGUAUUCUCAAAUGUAAUGUAUUAAAUGCUUGUCUGCA